AUGUUAAUUUCACAAUAUGCUAUACAAUUACCAAAAGUAUGUAAAACAAUAUUACAAUAUAGAAACUUAUCUAUAAUAAAAAGUUAUAAAUUACAUUUAAAUGAUUCUCGUAGAUAUUUUUCGACGUCCCCUCAAAAUCUUAGAUUUGCAUUUUCUAUGGAUGAAGAAACUAAAAAUAAAAAAUUAAAAGGAAUUAUCAAAGAAAAAAUUGAAGUUCCACCAACAACUGCUACAGGAAAAUUAAAAUAUUUUGCAAAAAGAUAUGGAUAUAUUGUAAUUCCUGUUUAUAUUUUUGUUUAUCUAUCAUUUCUUUUUGGUUUAUAUUGUCUUGUAAAAAGUGGUGUUGAUAUUAUUAAUUUAGUGGAAAAAUUACAUUUACCAUCAACAAUAGUAAAUAAGGUUAAAAAUACACCUCCAGAAGCAAGUGCCUUACUAACUGCAUUUUUGUUAAACAAACUUUGUGGACCCAUAAGAUUAAUUUUAGUUUUAGGAGGAACACAAGUUUCAAUUAAAAUGUUACAACGUUUAAAUUUACUUAAGACAGCUAAAGAAGUUGAAUUUAAAUUUAGAAGUGAUUAUUCAUUGAAGAAGCAAAUUUACAAGCUUCGUUAUGGUGCAGUUAAGAAAAAUUUAAAUAAAAAACUAGAAAAAUUUAAAGAUUAUAAAAAUUUUAAAAAAUGA